ACGUACUCCACAAAGGUAGUUUGAAACACGUUUAUGGUGUAGCUAUUCGUUCAGUUCAUAAUAGAGUAUUUAUGGUAAUAGUAGAAAUGAGCCUGUUAUUUCCCGUUUACCGUUUGGUCCGCCAGCUAAAGAGAUGUCGAAACUGAUUGAUGAGAACGUUCGUAGGCAUGCAGAGGAGAACAACAUGAAACAAAACAUGAAAGCGGUUUAUGCCCAGUCGCAGGCCACAUCUGCUGGGUUCUAUGCUCAACGUCUAUCCAAGAACAACAAUUACAUUAUACCAGCUCUCCCUCGCCCUGCACCACAAUAGAUUUUGCACCUAAGAAUGCUUGGAGAGACUUUCUGUAGCCCCGUACUUCGAUAGACGCGGCUCCACACAGCUAAUGGCUUCUAUCAGUACCCUCAGAUCCACGUUUUGUGUAUUGUCCCCCACAGUGGCAUUAUGGAACUGGCUACGUGCAUGUUGGAGACCGUAUGCCUUCUUCAUGCCAAUCCCGGCGGGUUAGCAGGAGCCGUCAGAAAACGAU